CUUUGAUCUGCCGCGCGCCGUGCCUCUCUGCUAUGGCUGUAUAAAUAGACAAGAGUGUCACUCCUGCUUGCCAAAGCUACAGCCGCCGCCACAGCAGCAGCAAGAGUCACUCCUGGGACGACGACGACGAAGCGCAGCGCGCGGCAACUAAUGGCGUCCGCCAACUCCAAGCAAGUGCUGCUUCUCCUGGCCGCCGUCGCGUGCCUCGCGUCGCUGGCCUCCGCCACGCAGUGGACGGUCGGAGACGUAGGCGGCUGGAGGGCCAAGUUCAACGAGACCGGCUGGACCGACGGCAAGACGUUCACGGUCGGCGACACCCUGCUGUUCGUGUACCCCAAGGAGAACCACACGGUGGUGAAGGUCGGCAAGGACGCCUUCGCGGCGUGCGACCUGAGCGCCAACCUGCAACUGGGGAACUGGACCAGCGGCAGCGACGUCGUGCCGCUGGACCAGCCCGGCAUGGUGUGGUUCAUCUGCAACAAGCCCAACCACUGCCUCAACGGCAUGAAUCUCGCCAUCAACGUGGUCGAUGCCGCCACCCCAGGUGCCCCGAUGGCCCCGAUGACCCCAGGUGCCCCGAUGGCCCCGAUGACCCCGGCCCCGUCCCCAGCAGCAUCGUCGCCGCCGUCUGCAGCCGUGAGGUGCCCGGUCGGCGGCGCGGUGGCCGCCGCGGCAGCCGUCGUGGUCGCGGCCGCGCUCGCGUUCUAG